GUGAUUUGAAAGGGUGAAGGUUCCCCUACCCUGUUCGCACUUCAAUCUCUUCUUCGAUUUCCUCUGCUGUGGCGAAUCUCCCAAGGAAACGAAGAAGAGAGAAGAGAAGAGAUGAGUCAGGAAUCAUUCAUUUACAGCUUCGUGGCCCGAGGGACUGUGAUCCUUGCCGAGUACACUGAGUUCACAGGCAAUUUCCCUGCCAUCGCAUCUCAGUGUCUUCAGCGCCUCCCUUCCUCCAAUAACAAAUUCACUUAUAGCUGCGAUCACCACACCUUCAACUUCCUCGUCGAAGAUGGCUAUGCAUAUUGUGUAGUUGCGAAAGAAUCUGCAGGGAAACAAGUUUCUAUAGCCUUUUUGGAACGAGUGAAAGUAGACUUUAGAAAGAGAUAUGGUGGGGGUAAAGCUGAUACUGCCAUAGCCAAAAGUCUCAACAAGGAAUUUGGGCCUGUUAUGAAAGAGCACAUGCAAUAUAUCAUUGACCAUGCUGAAGAGAUUGAGAAACUUUUAAAAGUGAAGGCUCAAGUUUCAGAAGUUAAAAGCAUUAUGCUUGAAAAUAUUGACAAGGCUGUUGAUAGAGGUGAGAAGAUAGAUAUUCUUGUUGACAAGGCAGAAGAUUUGCAUUCUCAGGCCCAAGAUUUCAAGAAACAAGGAACACAAAUCCGGCGAAAAAUGUGGUAUCGGAAUAUGAAAAUCAAAUUGGUUGUUCUAGGGGUCCUCUUAAUUCUAGUCCUGGUGAUCUGGCUUUCUAUUUGUCAUGGUUUUGACUGCACCAACUAAUGUUUCUUAAGCAUACAAUUGGAGCAUACUGAU